GUUCGACACACACGAUUGCAAAAAGAUAACUUUUUCUGAAAGGCAAUGGUAUCUACGAUCAUCAACGCUAAGUGUUGGUGCCAUGUGAUUGUGUUUUUGACAUUGGUAGCCGUGUACGUAUGUGGUUUUGGGACGGGGGCACCCCAAAAUGCGUGUGGUUCCAUGAUACCGCAACACGGGGAACAAAGCGGUACAUUAGAGAUGCAAAGUAUGGACACCUGUCCAUACUCACUUAAUGUUUCACGGGCCGAGUUUGAACCAGGCGAAGAAAUAUACGUGGAAGUUACCGGCGACAUUUUCCGUGGAAUAUUAGUUCAGGCACAUGAACCUCAGAGUGACACACCCGUCGGAACAUUCGGUCCACCACCAGAUGGCGCGCAGCAUCUUGCGUGUUCAAGCGAACGCGAUAGUCUUACUCAUACAAACUCGAAUUUAAAAACCGGAAUAACAUUUACAUGGAUUGCGCCACAGGCAGGCAGUAUUCCUGGAGGUGCAGUAGAAUUUGUGGCAACCAUUGUUCAAAGUGUGGACGUGUUUUGGACCGAUGUGUUAUCUCAGCAGAUAUACCUAGCUGAUAGCGGCCACGAUUAUACCACUGAUCCGGAGGGAGGUACCAGUGACAACGGGGAUUUGGAAGGUGAAGAUGACGUCACAAUAUCUGACAAUGGUGUAAUCACUGAUGGUAGCGAAGUUGCUAACGAAUAUAAUGAAGUAAGCACUGAUGAAGAUGCCGCAGUGGUCGAAACUUCAGAUGACGAUGAUGUCACCAUGUUAGAAGGCACCACUGGAGAUAAGAGAGAGG